AUGCAGGAGAAGGGGGAGACAGAGAGACAGCUCGAGGCGAGAGUGGAGGCAGCUGUGACAAAGGCGGAGCGGUUGUGGAAGGAAGCCCUGGAAGCGCGACAACUGGCUGAUGAGAUGUCCUCGCAAGCCCAAGAUGCGGCUGAGCUUUCACAAGCGAGGUCGGAAGAAGUGUCGUCCAAGUUGGAGAGCAUGGACAAGAUCAGCCUCAAGUUUCUGGCUGACUCCAAAUCUGCCAUCAAUUCGUCUGUCGACGCAGCUGCCCUGCUUAAAGAAGCCGCAGACGAGAGUUUGAGAGCAGACAAGCUUGAGGCAGAAGCUGAGGAAGCGCUCCGUCUCUCUGAGCAGCUCAUAGAAGAGUAUGAAGCCAAGUACGGAAACCUGUAG